AUGGGAAGAGCACCAUGUUGUGAGAAAAUGGGGAUGAAGAGAGGACCAUGGACUCCUGAAGAAGAUCAAAUCUUGAUCAAUUAUAUUCAUCUCUAUGGUCAUUCUAAUUGGCGAGCUCUUCCCAAACACGCAGGUUUACUUAGAUGUGGGAAAAGUUGCAGACUUCGUUGGAUCAAUUAUCUGAGACCAGACAUCAAACGUGGCAAUUUCACUCCUCAAGAAGAACAAACUAUCAUCAAUCUACAUGAAGUCUUAGGCAACAGAUGGUCUGCGAUCGCUGCAAAAUUGCCAGGACGAACCGACAAUGAAAUAAAAAACGUUUGGCACACUCAUUUGAAGAAAAGACUCAACAAAAAUCAAAACAGUGGCGGAGACACCAAAGACAUUAACGAGACCACACACGAAGACAAAGAAUCUCUGACUGUCGACACAACCUCUCUGCAACAAUCUUCUGAUAGUAUAACAACAUUUGAUAUUACAAAUAAUAACAAGGACGAUAUUAUGUCGUACGAGGAUAUUACUGCUUUGGUUGAUGAGAGUUUUUGGUCGGACGUCGUGUCGGUAGAUAACGAGAAAAAUAUAGAGGAUUGGGAGGGAUUGAUAGAUAUAAAUAGUAAGUUAAAUAGUUAUAAUAAUUCGAAGUUGUAUAAUGAUGAUAUGGAGUUUUGGUUUGAUAUUCUCACUAGUAGUCGUAGAAUUGAGGCAUUUUCCGACAUACCCGAGUUUUGA